GAGCAUUAAAAAUUGUGUUUUCAUGUUUUUAUUAUCUGGUCCUUGUUGGAUAGUGAAAAUACUGGUGAAGAAGCAAAAAAGCUCUCACUUUCAAAUCACAUGGAUUUAGCAACGAAAACACCUUUGCCAGCUUGUAUCCUGUUUGUUGGGAAUUAAAAGGGUGAUUGCUCGGUCGUUUAUCCUUCUGUGACAGUGAAAGUGGAAAUCUGUGCUGGCGGCAAUAGCAUUGAGCUGCAGACCUGCCUUGGCUAGGAGUGUCAAUGAAUUGAAACAUCUCAUGAAUGAAGCCAAGCAGACUCACGUAUAAGUUUCGAAAAAUUAUAAUACAAUAUUGUGCAUCAGUGUUUUGGAUUGAUAGCGAAUCCAGUGUUUACGAGGACGACUGACGCCAGGAGGCAAAAAUUCUUUGUGCAAACCUUCAUUCUCCCUGCAGAGUGAUAAUAAGGGGUGACAAGUAAAGAAUGAAGCUCCUGCUAUGACAUCAGUAGUAUUCUGUCGGGCUUGGGGCGUGUUUUGCUGAAAUAAGACGCUCGUUCUGUGUACCUCCCCAUGGUGUUUGGCGUUGAUGUGCUUUGUGAAUAGUGCGUGAAUUCGAUAACUCUAGCUUUUAGGGAACGGCUUAUCGCUUGUUAUUCGCUCAAAACCGUAGGAUGAAAUUAGAUCCUCCGAACCGGAUCUAAUCAACAUUAACGAAUCAUCAAUGUUUCAGGCAUGCCGUCUAUGGAACCUGAGUAUCGCCAGUGUCUUAGCUCUAACGUUGUCUAAUGUGUUUUUGACCGUACGACUGCUCCACAAUGGUGACUGCAGCAAUCAAUAUAGCGCCAAUGUCGAGGACAGUGUUUCGUUGGUUCCACGAGCCCCGAUCCUCACACCGGCAACCUGUCUGGAGUACGUGCUGGCUGAUUCGCUCACCAACAACACGGAUAAGGCCGUUUUCUCCGGGCUUGAUCUCCGCCUUGGUCGGUGGGACUCCCGGAGAAUGUACAAAGUUUUCGAUUUCGCUGUGAUUGGAGAAAAAUAUCCGGAGCUGUCGGAACGGUUCAGCGUGUGCUUGGCCACUCAAAGCUCGCUGGAGAAGAUUUAUUCGCUGGUUCAAGUGUCCCACCAUUGGUCCGGCCCGAUCUCAACGGCCAUUUUCGCUGCCGGAAAUGACGAACUCUAUCUGCUACAAAUUUACCUAUCCUAUCUGAGAAAUUGCUUCAAAACUAUUCGUGAGCGGGUGAGCUUUCACCUGGCGCUACCGAAAGAUCGUGCUCCGACUCAUCUCAAAAGUAUCUACGUGGGUGACUUCACCAAAUUCGAUUGUGCCAAACCGGAAGCGACGUUGAACGAUUUGAUAAAAAUGCGCCGAGCGGACACCAACAAAUGGCGCAUCAAAAAUCCUUAUCCCCAGAACCAUCUGCGCAACGUCGCUCGAAAAGGGUGCCAAAGUACGCACGUUUUCCUAACGGACGUCGACAUCAUUCCAAGUGUGAACUUCGCCGAACAUUUGGACAAGUUUCUGAGAAAUCAGCGACCGCAGCGUCAUCCGACGGCGUACGUGGUGCCAACGUACGAACUGGACGAGCGGGUUCGGUUUCCACGCAACAAGACUGAUCUGAUACGGCUGGCCAACAAGGGGCUGGCUCGACCGUUUCAUCACAAAGUUUUCAUCUACAACCAGUUUGCGACCAACUUUUCGAGGUGGCAAGCGGACGUUUCCGACAGCGAAGUGACACAUGUUUCACACAAUGUAACGAACUUCGAGUUCCUCUACGAACCAUUUUACGUAGCACCCGAUACGGUGCCCCCUCACGAUGAACGAUUUCUUGGCUACGGAUACACGAGAAACACUCAGGUCUACGAAAUGUUCGUCGCUGGCUACCAAUUUCAAGUGCUUUCGCCACUUUUCACUGUGCAUUGGGGUUUACAGAACAAGAAAAGCCGUCCAGCAUGGCGCGAACGGCAAAACAACGUCAACCGAAAGUACUUCGAAAUCUUCAAGAGGGAAGUGUUCGCUCGCUAUCACAAGGACCCGCUGCGUAUGCUGCUGCCGAAAAAAGUCCAGAAGCAGCAUGGGGUGGGUGCCGGGGCCGGUGUCGCUGCCGCUGGAGGAGCGGCUGCUGGAAACGCCGGUGACAACAACAACGGUUAAUUAUAAUGGCUGGGGUGGAGUGAUAGUUAGCCUAACGAAGCCGCAUUGAAAACCCGCAUCACAACACUAUAUCAUUAUAUCGUUAGAGAGAACGAAUAACAUAGUGAAACGAAAUACUAACUCAAUACCAAAUUAUAGCACCUGAACUCAUGCUUCUCCUGCCAAAUUAGUCAAUAAAUAAAUUAAAUUGCUAUUUAAUGCAUUGUGAUGCUGUUUUGACCAACGGUCGUACUUCCAUCAAUGGGGAAUUUAAUUUUCAUUUGCAUUGUUUCAUUCGAUAGAGAUAUUUUAAUUGUCAUUCAACGCAUCAUCGCUAGUAGGUACUAAACUUUACAUUUCCAUGCCCACUUGUAAUCAAUAAGAUAAUACGCAAACAUUAUUUCGAAAUCUAACCAUGUAGAAUGAAUGUACUUCUAUUGUUAAUGCGAUUUAUCUAUUUAUGAGGCAUGUUGGCUAUCAAAAGGGCAUUGUAGGAGGUAUGGAAAACUUGUUUCCGGAAACAAUGAUUUUGUUAUGUAAAUGGUUGAGUGAAAGUGUAUAUAAAGUGAUUUUUAAGAAACGUAUUUAGCAGUCAAAUAAAUCAAUGUUGUCAUU